UGUGGGCGUGUCCCUUUCAGAGGAGAUAUAAGAGGUGGAGGCACUGCGGCGCCUCACAGGAUCCACACACUUCUACUACGGGGAGAUGGAACCAGCAGCCAGCAGCGCGAUGGAGGUGGCAGCGCUCGGCCGCCCCUUCAGCCUCGGGAUGCUUUACGACUGCAGAAAGGAUUCACUGAUCCCUGGUAUGACACUUUGGGACUGUGAUGAUUUGGGAAAAGAUACAAGAGAAAGACAACAAGCAAGCAGUGACUUUGAGAUAGUUGCAUCUGAAUCUAUUGCAGAUAAAUCUGCAGCGCUGAAAGUUGAAGCAUCACUGAAGGCCAGUUUCCUGUGUGGACUGGUGAAGGUCGAAGGAUCGGCCAAAUACCUGAAUGAUCACAAGAAAUCCAGAAACCAGGCCAGAGUAACACUGAACUACAAAGCUACCACAAAGUUCCAGGAACUGUCCAUGAACCAUCUUGGAAGAGGAAAUAUGAAACAUCAGUACAUCUUUGACAAAGGAUUAGCAACCCAUGUAGUCACAGGGAUUCUUUAUGGGGCACAAGCCUUCUUCGUCUUUGACCGUGAGGUGUCUGAAAAUGAAAAUCAUCAAGACAUUCAGGGUAACUUAAAGGUCAUGAUCGAUAAGUUCCCCAGCAUCAAGAUAGAAGGUGAAGGUUCCCUGAAGAUGGAAGAAAAGGACAAAGAGAAAGUUGACAAAUUCUCCUGCAAAUUCCACGGAGACUUUUCCCUUAAAGAGAACCCUGUGUCCUUCAGUGAGGCAGUAAAAGUCUACCAGAGUCUACCAGGACUGUUGGGAGCCAACGGAGAGAACGCCGUACCAAUGACGGUUUGGCUGCUGCCGCUGUCAAGUCUAGAUUCUUCUGCUGCUAAACUCGUUCGUCAGAUAAGCAUUCGGUUAGUUCAGGAAUCCCAGAGCGUCCUCGAGGACUUCAGUGAGCUGGAAAUGAGGUGCAACGAUGCGUUGAACAACACCACUGCACAGAAGUUCCCACAGAUUGGCAGAAAGAUCAAAACAUUUAAAGAGAUGUGCUCUGAGUCCAGACUGGAACUCCAACAAACUUUGGCAAGGAAACUUCCAUCAAUCCGAGGAGGAGGAGAAGAGGAAUCUGUGCUCAUUGACAUCCUGAAGAAAAGACAUUCUUCUCCUUUCAACAGCAAAAAGCUCAACGAGUGGAUUGAAUGCAAAGAGAGAGAAAUCCACAUGUUGAAGUCUUUCACCAACAUGAUGAAAAACACAAAGAUCGUUCCAUCUCGAAAUGAUCUUGAUGGAGAAAUUCUCCGUUCAGAACAUGUGAUGUGCUUUGUCUUCACCUCACUAGGAAGUCCUGAAUCGUACCUCUCAACUUUAUCAAGCUACUUAAGACAAACAGAAGAAAACCCUCAAGAUGUACACACUCAAGAUUUAGAAGAGGAACAAUGGUUCCUUUCCAACAAAGCAGCAGAUACAUUGAGGAUGAAAGUGAAGCUGUUCAGUGAUUUUGCAGAGGCCAACAAGGAGAACGAGAACAUCAAGUUCUUCACCUUGGGAUUAGCAAAUGAGGAACAGAAAGGUUCAAGCAUCUACCUUUAUAAAGGCGGCUUUUCUAUCAGUGAGAACUUUGAGCCUACUUCAAAGCCUGAAGCGUUAACAGUAAGCGACAUAAACCACAACAGUGUGACACUGAAGGUGUCUCCACCCAGAUCUGGAGCAGAAAACAUCACCUCCUACUGUGUUGAGUACAGUGUCAGUGGAGAAGAUGGAUGGAAACAGAAGGCAGCAUCCAGAGAUGAAGAAGUCCCAGUGAGCGGUCUGAGUCCUAACACAGAGUAUGUGUUCAGAUGCAGAGCGGUGACCUCAGCAGGUGUUGGACCAGCCAAUGACCUCAGUGGUUCCAUUAGGACCUUACCCUGCAGCCCUCCUGGGAAACCUCAAGUUGAACCCAAUUCAACAGAGGUAUCAGUCAGCUGGGAGAAGCCUGCUGAGCUCGGACAAGAUGUCCGCAUUCUGGGCUACAUGGUGGAGUACGCCGAGACAAAAGACGGGGUGAAAGAGGACGAUCUCCAGUGGAAACAAAUGAUGUCAACGGCUGAAAAGGCCGUCAUUUCAGGACUUCAGGCAGAGACAGAAUAUGUUGUCAGGGUCCGAUGUGAUUGUGGAGCAGCCGACAGAAGCAAACAAAGCCUCACUGUUAAAGUCUGCACUACAAAACGGGAAUUUGCACGUCUUGCAGAAUACCUGAAACACAUUAGCAAGAGAACUUCUGACUCUCCCUCAGUCUACAAACUACCUCUGACAGAAGAAGAUGUGGACAUAGACGGAUGCCGGUACUAUGCCUUUGGCAAAGAAAGCAUGAGGCAAAAUCGUACAAUAAUGCUGCUUGGAGCGACAGGAUCAGGGAAGUCUACUCUGAUCAAUGGGAUGAUCAACUACCUCGUUGGUGUGGAGUGGAAGGACGCCUUCAGAUUUCACAUGGUUGAAGAGGAUCAGUCCAGAUCUCAAGCUGAAAGCCAGACCUCUGAGGUCACCGUCUACAAAAUCAACCACCAGGAGGGAUUUAAAAUCCCUUUCUCUCUGAUCGUGGUGGACACACCGGGGUUCGGGGAUACAAGAGGAAUAGCGAGAGACAAGGAGAUCACCGAGCAAAUCAGGAGGCUUUUCACCUCCACCGAUGGAGUCAGUGAGAUCGACGCCGUGUGCUUCGUGACUCAGGCGUCUCUCGCGCGACUAACCGCCACCCAGCGUUACGUCUUUGAUUCUGUGCUCGCCAUCUUUGGCAAAGACGUGGCGGAGAACAUCGAGAUGCUGGUGACCUUUGCAGAUGGCAAGCAGCCGCCAGUCCUUGAGGCGAUCAACCUCUCUGGGGUCCCGUGUCCCAAGAACGAGAUGGGGCUUCCGGUUCACUUCAAGUUCAACAACUCGGCCUUGUUUGCAGACAAGAGGAGCAGCGCUGAUCUGGAUGCUGAUGAUGGGGACGAUGACUUUGACCAAAUGUUUUGGAACAUGGGCGCAAAAAGCAUGGAGAGGUUCUUCUUGGCUUUAAAUAACAUGACAACCAAAAGCCUGCUGAUGACUAAAGAGGUUCUCAGAGAACGGAAGUGCCUCGAAACCGCCGUCGAAGGUUUGCAACCACAAGUUAAAGCUGGAUUGGCAAAACUGGAAGAAAUCAAGUUGACCAAAGAAAAGAUCAAAGAGCACGAAACAGUGAUGACGUCAAAUGAGAACUUUGAGAUCGAGGUGGAGGUUAUUAAACCGGUCAAAAAAGUGCUCACACAGAAAGGAGAGUUCAUUACAAACUGCCAGAAGUGUUCCAUCACGUGCCACUACCCGUGUGCGAUAGCUGCUGACAGUCAGAAGCAUGGGUGUGCAGCGAUGGAUCCGUCCGGGAUGUGUACCGUCUGCCCGGGGAGAUGCGUCUGGAGUGUGCACUUCAACCAGAAGUACAGCUGGGACUACGUCACAGUGAAAGAGAAGCAGACGCUGCACGAGCUGAAGGACAAGUACAAAAGAGCGACGGAGGAGAAGAUGACUGUGCAGGACCUGAUCGAGAGGCAGGAAGAGGAGAUCGCUCAGCUUCAGGACAUGAUAGUGUCCCUCAUGGACCAGUCCUCUCAGUCCAUAACCCGCCUGCAGGAGAUCGCCCUGAGACCCAACCCGCUCACCACUCCGGAGUACAUCGACAUGUUGAUCGAGGGGGAGCGGUCCGAGGCCAAGCCGGGGCACCGGGCUCGGAUCCAGUCUUUGAUGGCGAUGAAGGACAAAGCCCAAAUCAUCUCCAAAGUGUCCAAACGACAGAAACUCAGCAGGACGGAGGAGGAGCGGCACAAAGAGAAGCAGGAAAGGAAUGAGAAAAAGGGUUGGGUCGAGAAACUGACAAAUUUCUUUGGUUUUUAGGGGAUGUGACCUGGUGUGGUUGUCAUGACGACCCAAUGAAAAAUAAAUCAGAAAUCAAAGCACAGAUGAGCCAUCGAAUCAUCAUUUUGAACAUUUCUCAAUUUCACUUUAUUGUUGUGAUGGCUAACUAGCUAGCCAGUUAGCAUAAACGUUCUUGUUUUUCUCUUUUUUACGUAAUUGAAAUGUACGUUUAAUGCUUUUCUGGUUAAAGCUGGUAACUGAUGUUCUGGUUAGUUGAGCUUCAGUGGCUCAUUAAAUUAACAAUAAGGAUUUUAAUCAGACAGACUGAAAACCAACCCUCAUGAAAUGAAUACGUUGAAAAUAAUAAUAUAUCUAUUUUGGACCCAUGGUGCACUUGGUGGUUUUUGUCUUUAAAGCUUCUUGCAGCCAAAUUUUAUUUUAAAUUCUAGAAAAUACAUCUUUAUUUAAAUGUGGGUGUGAAAGCGCUGAUACGAGGCCUUGUAGUAAAUAUGCUCAUUCAUACUAAAAUAUAAUCAUUACAUUGUGAUGUGAUAAUAAAUUAGAUGUACUUGUAAAUGUG